AUGACGACAGGAAUCUUCAACUACAUCGACCGAUCUUCCUAUGAUCCCCACGCCACCAAACCCUUCGAAAAACCAUGGUCAAAGGUCGAUGGCCCGGGCACCUCGUACACCAUCUCCAGUCAAGAAUUCCCAGUUGAAAACCUCCGCGGCCAAGAGUCUCAAUUCACAGUAGACAACGCCGGAUUCGCCGUCUACAAAGCACCCUCGAAAAUAACCCAAUUCACAGACAGCGAAAACUUCAAAUCAUCCUACUACGCCGAGGUAGAAGAAAUCCUUCGCCAAAAAAUCCCCGGAAUCAAAAAAGUGGUUUUAUUCGACCACACGAUCCGGCGCAGAAAGACAGGAUCAGCACGUAGUCCUGUCCAACUGGUACAUGUGGAUCAAACGCCGGGGGCAGCUGAAGUUAGAGUUCGGCGCCAUUUACCAGAGGCCGAGGCCGAAGAGCUACUGAAGGGUCGAUGGCAGAUUAUUAAUGUUUGGAGACCGAUUGAGAAUGUCGCAUCUGAUCAUCCGCUUGCGGUUAUUGAUUGGAGGAGUACGAAGCCUGAUGAUUUUGUGAAGGUUGAUCUGCUUUAUCCGAUUGGGUCUGCGGACUGUGAGGGGGGAGAGAUUGCGCCGGAUCCUGAGUCUGUUUCUUCGACGGAGGGGUAUGAGGUUAAGGGGGAGGUUUAUUCUAUUGCGCCGAAUGAGAAGCAUAGGUUCUUUUAUGCCAAGGAUUUGACGCCGGAUGAGGUUAUGUUUCUUAAGUGUUUUGAUUCGAGUAGUCAUACUAUGACGGGUGGGGAGACGGAUAUUGCUCAUGGAUCGUGUCAUACGGCGUUUACUGAUCCGCAGACACCGUUGGAUGCGCCUCCGAGACAGAGUAUUGAGGUUCGGUGUCUGGUCUUUCAUGAGUAG